AUGGUUCAACGUUUGGUUUACAGGCGUAGGUUGUCUUACAAUACCAAAAGCAAUAGGAGAAGAGUUGUAAGAACCCCCGGAGGUAAACUUGUUUAUCAAUAUUUGAAAAAGCCAAAAAAGAUUCCAAGAUGUGGGCAGUGCAAAGAAAAAUUAAGAGGAAUUAUUCCAGCUCGCCCAAUGGAACGAUCUAGAAUGUGUCUGAGAAAGAAAACAGUUAAACGAGCCUAUGGUGGAGUUUUAUGCCAUAAAUGUGUUAAAGAAAGAAUAGUAAGAGCAUUUUUAUUGGAAGAACAUAAAAUAGUUGUAAAAGCAUUAAAAGCACAACAACAAUCAAUGAAAUCUGCUCCAGUUGUUAAAAAAGCUAAAUAA